AUUAAGCAAUGUUGAAAAGAUCCAGCUGUAUAGCGUCACAAUUCGCGAGAUCAUGCUACACGGCGACACGGCCGGCUCUCAACAUCGGCAAGGACACUAAAGUAAUAUGUCAGGGAAUGACUGGCAAACAGGGAACUUUCCACACCAAACAGGCCAUUGAAUACGGGACGAAUGUUGUUGGAGGAGUGUCGCCGGGAAAAGGAGGACAGAUGCACUUAGACUUACCCGUGUUCAAUUCGCCUAAGGAAGCGAAAUUAGCGACAGAUUGCGACGCGACUGUCAUUUACGUUCCAGCACCACUGUGUGCUCAGGCGAUCACAGACGCGAUUGACGCCGAGAUCCCUUUGAUAGUUUGCAUCACUGAAGGUAUCCCACAGCAUGACAUGGUUAGAGUGCGACACAAACUAGUGCGACAGAAUAAGUCGAGGCUGAUUGGGCCAAAUUGUCCAGGAGUAAUCAAAGCAGGCGAGUGUAAAAUUGGAAUCAUGCCUGGUCAUAUUCACAAAGCUGGCAGAAUAGGAAUCGUUUCUAGAUCUGGAACCCUAACUUAUGAAGCAGUUGCUCAGACUACGGUAACUGGUCUAGGUCAGACACUUUGUGUUGGAAUUGGGGGUGAUCCGUUCAAUGGAACUGAUUUUAUUGACUGUCUCGACAUUUUCCUGAAAGACCCUAAAACUGAAGGAAUUGUGUUGAUUGGAGAAAUUGGAGGAUCGGCGGAAGAAAUGGCUGCUGAUUUCUUGAAAGAGCAUAAUAGUGGCGAACACGCGAAACCAGUUGUAAGUUUUAUUGCUGGGGUGACUGCACCUCCAGGCCGUAGAAUGGGUCAUGCUGGGGCUAUUAUUUCUGGCGGCAAGGGGACGGCUACGGAGAAAAUUGCCCGAUUGAGAGAUGCUGGAGUUACCGUGACGACUAGUCCAGCCAAAAUGGGUUCUUCAUUGUUGUUGGAGUUCCAGAAACGAGGAUUGGCUUCUUAAAACUGGCAAUUGAUGGCCAUUGAUUUAUUUACUUACGAAAUAGUGUUUUCAUGCGAAGAUGAAUUACAAUAGAAAUUUUAACCAUGUAA